AUGAAGUUCAACGCCGACGUCUCCUCCUCGCGGCGCAAAUCGCGCAAGGCCCACUUCGCGGCCCCCUCCUCCAUCCGCCGCAAGAUCAUGUCCUCGGCCCUCUCCAAGGAGCUCCGCGCCAAACACAACGCUCGCUCCCUCCCCGUCCGCAAAGAUGACGAAGUCCGCAUUGUCCGAGGCAAAUACAAGGGUCGUGAGGGCAAGGUUACACAGGUGUACCGCAAGAAGUGGGUUAUCCACGUCGACCGUGUCCAGCGCGACAAGUCAAAUGGUGCCACUGCCCCCAUUGGAAUCCACCCCAGCAACGUCGUCAUCACCACCAUCAAGCUCGACAAUGACCGACGGGCUAUCUUGGAGAGGAAGAACCGCAAGGCUGCUGCGUCUGCUGACGUCGAGAUGGUCGAGUAA